CACCAACCAAUUUCACACAACAAACAGGACACCCAUCGGCCGCCAUGGAUCGCGAGUUUGCACAACGGCUUGGCUCGACACGAGCAUCCCCCACCUCCUCGCCACAACGACAUCGUGGAGGGCGGUCAAGUAGACACGGAUCCCCGCGCAAGAGUGGCGUUCGCGAAGGCGACAGGUUUAUUCCACACCCGAGCUCGGUUGCCCGCAAUGCAGAACGCCCGCUGCUCCACUCUCCAUCCGGCUCCCCUCGACGAGCAGCACAACAGCAGAGACAGGAUGCGUCGCCUGAGACAGGGGGAAGCGGCGGCCUGAGGGGCCUGUUGGUCCAGAACGAGUUGCUCGGGGCAGAUAUCCGCCGGAUGCCUGACCCGGCCGCCAGCAACACACAGAGCAGCCGAUCGCCACAGCCAGCGCCACUGUCGCCGCCACGCAGCAGCAGCAAGCGCGUGCUGUCGUUCAGUGCGCCAUCACCACACACACACCCAAAGGAUGAUGCCUACUCGCUCAGUCCAGUGGGCAGGUCGAGCCGGCGGUUACUGUCGUCGCCGCGCCGCGCCCAGCGGCCCAUCCCCAAGACGCCGUUCAAGGUGCUCGAUGCCCCAGACCUGGUUGACGACUUCUACCUCAACCUGCUCGACUGGUCGGCCACCAACACGGUUGCUGUUGGGCUUGACUCAAACGUGUAUCUGUGGAGCGCGCUGACAAGCCAGGUCACGCGGCUGUGCGACGUGGCAGAGGCGAUGAGUCGCCCACGCAACACCGUCACGUCGGUGAGCUGGUCGAAGAACGGCGCACACCUCGCCGUGGGCACCGCAGAGGGCCUGCUGCAGAUAUGGGACGUGGCGCGGUCGGAAGUUGUUGCGCAGUACGAGCACACGCACAGCAGGGUGGGUUCGCUCGCGUGGUCCAGCAGCACACUCGCCGCUGGGAGCAGAGACCGAGCCAUUCGCCUGUACGACCGACGGCAACCAGAGGCAGCAACACCGUCGCUCGUGGGGCACCGGCAGGAAGUGUGCGGGCUGCAGUGGUCACCAGAGGAAUCAACGCUGGCAAGCGGCGGUAACGACAACAAGCUGCUGGUGUGGGACGUGCGCGCGCUAGGCGUAGCACACCGGUUCACACAGCACAAGGCUGCGGUGAAGGCUGUUGCGUGGUCGCCACACCAGCACGGUCUCCUCGCCUCUGGUGGCGGCACCGCUGAUCAGACCAUCCGCUUCUGGAACACGCUCACGGGGCAGCCGCUGCAGACUGUGCAGACGGAGUCACAGGUGUGCAACAUUGCGUGGUCACGCACGUCCAAUGAGCUUGUGAGUACGCAUGGCUACUCGCAGAACCAGAUUAUCGUGUGGAAGUACCCCUCCAUGACGCGUCUUGGCGUUCUCGUUGGACACACGCAGCGCGUCCUCUACCUGGCACUGUCGCCAGACAACCAGACGAUCGUUACGGGUGCGGGGGACGAGACGCUGCGGUUCUGGCAUGUGUUCAGCAAAGGGACAGCAGGGAAGGACACGCGCUCGCCACUCUCAGUCAUGGCGCAGAUCAGAUGAUGAUGAUGAUGAUGAUGAU